AUGGCUACUUCUUUUGUCAUUUUUUUUUGUGUAAUAAUAAGCUUAGUUGCUUCUGUUUCUGCUCAACAACCACGAGCUUUCUUCGUUUUCGGAGAUUCUCUUGUUGACAGCGGUAACAAUGAUUUUCUUGCUACCACGGCCCGAGCUGACGCUUAUCCAUAUGGCAUUGAUUAUCCAACUCACAGGCCUACCGGACGUUUCUCUAACGGCUUAAACAUCCCAGACCUAAUCAGUUUGGAGCUUGGCUUAGAACCAACACUUCCAUAUUUGAGUCCUCUACUAGUUGGAGAGAAGCUUCUUAUUGGUGCCAAUUUUGCAUCUGCUGGAAUUGGAAUUCUCAAUGAUACCGGAUUCCAGUUUUUGCAUAUAAUAAGAAUCUACAAACAACUAAAGCUAUUUCAAGUGUAUCAGAAAAGAGUAAGUGCACACAUUGGUUCCGAGGGAGCAAGAAACUUGGUCAACAGAGCACUUGUACUAAUCACUCUUGGUGGCAAUGAUUUUGUUAACAAUUACUAUUUGGUCCCUUAUUCCGCAAGAUCUCGUCAAUUUUCUCUCCCAGAUUAUGUUAGAUAUCUCAUUUCUGAAUACCGCAAAGUUCUUCGGAAACUUUAUGAUUUGGGAGCACGUAGGGUUCUUGUGACAGGAACGGGACCAAUGGGGUGUGCACCAGCUGAAUUAGCCAUGAGAAGUAGAAACGGUGAUUGCGACGUGGAAUUGCAAAGAGCUGCAUCAUUAUACAAUCCUCAACUUGUUGAUAUGAUCAGAGGACUUAACCAAGAAAUUGGCUCUGAUGUCUUUGUUGCAGCAGAUGCAUAUAGAAUGCAUAUGGAUUUCAUUUCCAACCCUCAAGCUUAUGGAUUUACAACAUCAAAAGUAGCAUGUUGUGGACAAGGGCCAUACAAUGGAAUUGGGCUUUGCACACCAGCUUCAAAUUUGUGUCCAAACAGAGACCUUAACGCAUUUUGGGAUGCAUUUCAUCCGUCAGAGAAGGCUAGUAAAAUCAUAGUCCAACAGAUUCUUAGGGGAAGCACUCAGUACAUGUACCCUAUGAAUCUCUCCACCAUCAUGGCCUUAGAUUCCAUGACUUGA